UUAUCAUUACAAGAGCUUCAACUUGAGAUAAUUUUUAAAUCUGGCAAUCAGUAACAAAAUGACCUCACACGACGCCGGACAAUUUUCUCAACAAAAGCCUUGAAUUUUUUUAACUUCCUUUAACAGUUUUCCAAAUAAGCACAAAAUGCCUGACCUUCUGGAGCUGGUGGAAUUUGAAGAUAGUCCACGCAAGGAAGUCAAGGAGGUGAGUGAAGAUGAUAGUGAAUUGAAAUAUACAGUUUAUGAUUUAAUUCGCACUAUAAAGGACCCAGAGAAACCCAACACUUUGGAAGAAUUAAACGUAGUUUAUGAGGAGGGAGUUGAGGUUAAGGAACGUACUUCUGGCAAUGUUAGCGUUGUGAGGGUUGAAUUUAAUCCCACUGUGCCCCACUGUUCUUUAGCAACGCUAAUUGGAUUGUGUAUUAGGAUAAAAUUAGAAAGAUGUAUUCCUUAUAGGAUUAAAUUAGAUAUUUAUAUCAAGGCAGGAGCCCACACAACUGAACACGAAAUCAAUAAGCAAAUUAACGAUAAAGAGAGAAUAGCAGCCGCAAUGGAAAAUCCAAACUUGCGGGAAAUGGUAGAAAACUGUAUUGUUGAAGAAGACUGAACUUUGUAUCCAGUACAAAAUGAGACUCUAGCUUCAAGCUCUCAGAAAAUUGUUCUGGAAAAUUUCCCAAAAAUGUUUCCUGGUUUCGAUGUUUCACUGUUGAAAAUCACGGUGACGCAGCAUUUCGCAUAUUUUUUUUCAAGACUCAUUCUAUUUUUGAAACAGCGUCUCAUCGCUGUUUUGUGAUUAAUAAAAAAUCUAUUUGGGGGUUUCACAAAACAUGAGUAACAGAUAUCACACUUGGGUUUAUUUCAGAAUAGAAAAAAUACAUAAGUAAAAUAUAAAUAUCUUGUCUCA